GCUCAAAUCAGAAAACCACUACAUGGAUACCAAGCUUUUCGUUCUCUUUCUAUUAACUGCCUCCACUUCCCAGCUCUUUCUCUCACAAUUCGCUUUCGCGGACACAGGCAUUCUCGACAGUGAAGAAGCUAAGACAUUGAAAGAAAUAGCGAGGAAAAUAGGGAAGAAUGAUUGGUACCUUGAAAGAGAGGAUCCUUGCAGUGGGAAAAGGCAGUUUAAUGCGUCUGAUGACAGCACCAACUUUGAGAGCAUUGUGGUCUGUAAAUGUAACAAGUCUUCUUGCCAUGUCGUAAGCAUAUCCUUGAAGUCUCAGAAUCUUUCUGGUACUAUCCCGCCAGAGUUUUCCAAGCUAAAUCAUCUCGAGAAAUUGACCCUGAAUCUUAACAUCCUCGAUGGUUCUAUACCUAACCAAUGGGCCAGUAUGCAAUUGGUUGACCUCUCGAUUAUGGGGAACAGAUUGUCAGGUCCAUUCCCCACAGUUCUCACGAACAUCACGACUCUCCAGAGCCUGACUAUUGAAGGAAAUCUAUUUUCCGGUCCCAUUCCACCGGAUAUUGGAAAGUUGGUCAAGUUAGAAAAACUACAUCUGUCGUCAAAUGCAUUUACUGGAGAAUUGCCAGUUGAACUUUCGAAGUUGAAGAAUUUGACUGAUUUGAGGAUAAGUGACAAUAACCUCUCUGGGAGGAUUCCUGAUUUUGUUAGUAACUGGACAUUAAUUAAAACGCUGCACAUGGAGGGUUGUUCUCUCGAGGGGCCCAUACCUUCAAGCAUUUCAGCCUUGACAAGCUUAAGUGAUUUGAGGAUAACUGACCUAAAAGGUGGAGCCUCUGAUUUCCCAUCAUUAAGCAAGAUGAAAUCCUUGAAGAAAUUGAUAUUGAGGAACUGUAUGAUUAAAGGGGAGAUCCCAGAAGAUAUUGGGAAAAUGGAAAACCUGACAACCUUAGAUUUGAGUUUCAAUAACUUGACUGGAAAGAUACCAGAUACUUUUGCUCAACUUGGAAGUGUAAAAUUUGUAUAUCUUACUGGGAACAAGCUAGGAGGGACAAUUCCUGACUGGGUCCUUGAAUCAAACAAACAAAUUGAUAUUUCUAAUAAUAACUUUAGCUGGGGUAGCUCAAGUCCAGUUGAAUGCCUGCAAGGGAGUGUAAACAUAAUGGAAUGCUACUCAUCAUCUGUGGACACAGAAAGUAGGGUUAAUCCAUGCCUGAAAAGGAACUUUCCUUGUCCUGCUUCAACCAAGCAAUAUCGUUAUUCAUUGCAUGUUAAUUGUGGUGGUGAGGAAGCAAAUAUCAAUGAUAUAUUAUAUGAAGCUGACGUAGAAAAAAGAGGUGCUGCCGUGUUUUACUCCACCCAGAACUGGGCACUUAGCAGCACAGGGGACUUCAUGGACAAUCAUGAGAACUCUGAUAAUUAUAUUCUGACCAAUACUUCUACACUUCUCAAUGUCUCUGUCAUCGAUUCACAACUGUACACAACAGCUCGCAUGUCUCCUCUUUCUCUCACAUAUUAUGGACUCUGUCUCUUAAAUGGAAACUACACUGUGAAGCUUCACUUUGCAGAGAUUUUGUUCUUGAAUGAUAGAUCAUAUUACAGUCUUGGCAGGCGGAUAUUUGAUGUCUACAUCCAGGGGAAUUUGGUCCUGAAAGACUUCAAUAUAGAGAGUGUAGCUGGUGGUGCUGGUGAGCCUGUUGUGAAGACAUUCAACGCUACAGUCACCCAACAUACCUUGAAAAUUCACUUGUACUGGGCUGGAAAGGGCACAACAGGCAUACCAAAGAGAGGAUAUUAUGGACCUCUAGUGUCUGCUAUAUCAGUGGAUCCUAAUUUUAAACCUCCUAAACCUUCAUCCGGGGAUGGAAAGAGAAUUUAUAUCAUGGUGGUUGGAACAAUAGCUGUUGUUAUAGUUCUUGUUCUUUUGGUCUUGGGCAUCAUGAGGAGGAAGGGCUGGCUAGGAGGCAAUAACUCUGUGCACAAAGAUCUUAGAGGUUUAGAUCUUCAGAUGAGAUUAUUUACAUUAAGACAAAUCAAAGCAGCAACUGAAAACUUCAAUGCAGCCAACAAAAUUGGGGAAGGGUUUGGCUCUGUUUACAAGGGUCUGCUGUCAGAUGGCACAGUAAUUGCAGUAAAACAUCUCUCCUCAAAAUCUACACAAGGAAUCCGUGAAUUUGUGAAUAAGUUAGGAAUGAUAUCUGGCCUUCAACAUCCCAAUCUUGUUAAGCUUUAUGGAUGUUGUGUGGAAGGAGACCAGUUAAUGCUGAUAUAUGAGUAUAUGGAAAACAAUUGUCUAUCUCGUGUUCUUUUUGGGAAGGAUCCUGCCUGCCAUGUGAUAUUGGACUGGCCAACCAGGAGGAAAAUUUGCCUUGGUAUAGCUAGAGCUUUGGCUUUUCUCCACGAAGAGUGUGUGAUUAAAAUCAUACACAGGGAUAUAAAAACAAGUAAUGUGUUGCUUGACAAGGAUUUGAAUGCUAAGAUUUCAGACUUUGGUUUUGCAAAACUCAAUGUAGAUGAAAAUAGCCACGUUAGCACUCGCGUUGCAGGAACCAUUGGUUAUAUGGCUCUUGAGUAUGCAAUGCGUGGUUAUUUAACUGAUAAAGCUGACAUUUAUAGUUUUGGGGUGGUUGCAUUGGAAAUUGUCAGUGGAAAAAGUAAUACAAAUUUCAUACCCAGUGAAGAAUUCGUUUUCCUCCUUGAUUGGGCCAAUGUUUUGCAAGAGAAAGGAAGGCUGCAAGAGCUGGUCGAUCCAGAUUUGGGUUCAGAAUACUCAACUGAGGAGGCCAUGGUGAUGCUAAAUGUGGCACUCCUAUGUACCAAUGCAUCUCCUACACUUAGGCCAACAAUGUCCCAAGUUCUGAGCAUGCUUGAAGGCAGAAGUAACAUGCAGGAUCUACUUUCUGAUCCAGGACAUCAAGCAGCUAAUUUCAAUUAUGAGGCCUUAAGAAGUCAUUUCUGCGACAAUUCAAGCCUCCGAGAAAGCAUGUCAAUUCAUGGUCUAUGUCCAGUUUCCUCUUGUUCAGGCGCUGAAGCAGAAGAGAGUCACCUUCUUGUAAAUGUUAGCUCAGACACUAUUGACUAGAGCAGACCAGUGAAGAAAAACUCAUAAUGUCACGUUUAUAGUAAAGUUUAGAAUUGCUAAUGAUAGGUUCAUGUUGAUUCAGUUUUGGUCAAUAACCAAAAUGAACCUACGUGAUAACCUAGAAUUUCAUUAUGGUAUGUUUUGGACAGCUG